CAUUAACCUAACCUACAAAUUUGCAAGUCCUGAAUCAUUGAGUGAAUUGAAGUGAGAAAUGUGAAUAUUCAUGCUUUCUGAUUUGGUUGAAUGUUGUACUUUAUUGUAAUUUUUCUAUUAUUGACGGUUAUAUACGAGUAAAAUAUUCCAAUGUAGAAAUCCAACAACCUUGUUAAUUAAUGAUGUUUUCGUGUAGCACUUUACGUUCAAGAAGUUCGUCUUUUUUGAUAAACUAUCUAAAGGUUGGGAAAUUGUCUAAUGUUCACCGAGCCGGUAAAUUGUUACAUCAUACUCUUGUGCCCACUAAUCAAAAUUUAGUAAUUUCAAGGACUUCGUUGAGAAAUGGUAGAUUUUUAUUUAAAAAUGUUUUUAAUCAUUCUCGGAAGGCAGACUUGGUUAGGUCCUGUUCUUUGCGAUUUUUCAGUUCGCAAAACCAUGACGAUGGCGGUGAUGAUAAACCUCAAAACAUUGACAUAGUUUUGGCUCCUGAAAAUGAUUCGGUACCAGCAACUGUGAUGGUACCAGAGGUUUGGCCCAAAGUUCCAAUUAUUGCUUUAAAUGGCAAUCCUGUUUUUCCAAGGUUUACAAAAGUUAUAGAGGUAUCAGAUCCUCAACUGAUAGAAACACUGAGACGAAAAAUAAGACUGAAUCAACCCUAUUGCGGAUUAUUUUUGAAAAAGAAUGAAGAGAGUACUGAAGACACAAUAAUGAGCAUAGAUGAAGUUUACCCGAUUGGUACGUUCUGUCAGAUAUUCGAGGUGCGAGAAAUGCAGGACAAACUGCUGUUGGUGGUAGUGUCUCAUAGGCGGAUCAAAAUCACUGGCGAAGUUGUUGAAGAAGAGCCCACUCCUGCCGAGAUGAAUCUGAAGUUUCCCACAUUGAAUAGCGAGAUUGACGUUUCUGUUUCGCAAACAUCGCCGGUAGCGUCGCGUAGCGGCAUGAGGCGGAAACAACAGCAGCGUCAGAACCGGAAUCAGCGCAAAGCGGAAGUGACGUCACCGGAAGCGGAGUCGGCCAAACCGGAAGUGAAUUCAGCCGCUGAGCAGCAGACACCGGAAGAAGAGAGUAAGAAGCAGGGACCAAAACCAGUGAUGAUUGUCGAAGUGGAGAAUGUCGUGCAUGAGAAGUUCAGAAUGUCUGAGGAGGUCAAGGCGCUGAAGCAAGAAGUAAUACAGACGAUCAGGGACAUAGUGAGUCUGAAUCGGUUGCUGCGCGAAUCACUGGCACAGAUGUUGAGCACUGAGCACCGGGUGGUCGACAACCCUGUCUACCUGUCCGAUCUAGGAGCGGCUCUCACCACAGCCACGCCCAAGGAACUGCAGGAAGUCUUGGAGGAGAUGGACAUUCCAAAACGCCUGAUGCUAACAUUGAAACUGCUGAAAACAGAGUUUGAGAGGGUGAAAUUGCAGCAGAAGAUCAGCCAAGAAGUCGAGGAAAAAGUGAAACAGCAGCAUCGAAAGUACAUUCUGCACGAACAGCUGAAAGCGAUCAAAAAGGAGCUAGGUCUCGAGAAGGAUGACAAGGAUGCCAUAGAAGAACGAUUCAGGGAGAGACUAAAGGACAAAGAUGUGCCCAAGAUUGUAAUGGAAGUGAUUGAUGAGGAACUGAAGAAACUGAGUUUUCUUGAAAGUCAUUCGUCUGAAUUCAAUGUGACAAGGAACUACUUGGACUGGUUAACUCUUUUGCCAUGGGGUGUUCGGAGUGAGGAGAAUCUGGAUAUAUCGCAAGCGGAAAUCAUACUCAAUGAAGAUCAUUAUGGAAUGGAGGAUGUCAAGAAACGAGUACUAGAAUUCAUAGCCGUUAGUCAGUUGAAACAAUCAACGCAAGGAAAGAUCCUGUGUUUCUAUGGUCCGCCGGGUGUAGGCAAGACUAGCAUUGCCAAGUCAAUUGCACGUGCAUUAAACCGAGAGUAUUUCAGGUUCAGUGUGGGAGGUAUGACUGAUGUGGCCGAAAUAAAGGGACACCGAAGAACCUAUGUGGGAGCUAUGCCUGGCAAGAUCAUACAGUGUUUGAAAAAAACCAAAACCGAAAAUCCUCUUGUACUAAUUGACGAAAUCGACAAGAUUGGCCGAGGUGGUUUCCAAGGUGAUCCAUCGUCAGCUCUUCUGGAAAUGCUGGACCCGGAACAAAACGCAAACUUCUUGGAUCAUUACUUGGAUGUACCCACUGAUUUGUCCAAGGUGUUGUUCAUUUGCACUGCUAAUAUAAUCGACACGAUUCCUGAGCCACUGCGCGACCGCAUGGAGAUGAUCGACGUGUCCGGUUAUGUGGCCGAAGAGAAGAUUGCCAUUGCCAAACAAUACCUCAUUCCCCAGGCUAUGAAAGACAGUGGUCUGCAAUCCAACCAGGUUACGAUUGAAGAUCCUUCUCUGAAUGUGCUGAUAAAAGCCUACUGCCGCGAGAGUGGUGUUCGUAACUUGCUAAAACACAUUGAAAAGGUAAUGAGAAAAGUAGCGUUCAAAGUGGUGAGAAAGGAGGUGGACAGCAUAGCGGUGCGUCCCGAUAACCUGCAGGAGUUUGUUGGCAAGCCGAUCUUCACUCACGACAGAAUGUACGACUCCACACCGGCCGGCGUCGUCAUGGGAUUGGCUUGGACUGCUAUGGGUGGAUCAACACUGUACAUAGAAACGGCGCUGCGUCGCCAGCCGUCGGACAAGGAUGCCUCUGCGUCGGCGUCGAUUGAAGGCGGCCUCGAGUUGACCGGCCACCUUGGCGACGUCAUGAAAGAGUCGGCUCGCAUUGCGCUCAUAGUCGCGCGCAACUUUAUGACGCGGCUGGACGCCGGAAACCUGUUUCUGCAGAACAACCACUUGCAUCUGCAUGUGCCCGAAGGUGCCACACCGAAAGACGGACCCAGUGCCGGAUGCACCAUAACAACGGCUUUCCUAUCACUAGCUCUGAAUCAGCCAAUCAGACAAGACCUGGCUAUGACUGGCGAAGUGUCACUGCAUGGGAAAGUGCUCCCGGUUGGAGGAAUUAAGGAGAAAACGAUUGCUGCUAGACGAGUAGGAGUAAAAUGUAUAAUUCUACCGGAUGAAAACAGAAAAGACUACAACGAUCUUCCAAAGUUCAUAACUGAAGGGCUAGAAGUUCAUUUCGUCAGUAAAUAUAGUGAAGUAUUCAAUAUAGCGUUUGAUGGAAAGUUCACGCAAAAUAGUUUUGAAAUGAAUAUUAAUGGAUGAGGGUUGCCAAGUGCUUUUUGUGUUAAUGUUAGUGGCCUCAUAUGGUAGGAUUUAGAACAUGUGUAAAUAUGAUACAGAAUAUAUUGAAUUGUUUUUUAA